AUGACGUCAACAUACAAUGCUACUUUUUUUUUUUUUAUUAAACGGCAAGCCGUCAUCCAAAAUCCGAAGGAUCCCCAUCCCAAGAGGAUUUUCGGCUUUGCAAACGUGGCAUUCGCGGAAGAAAACGACAUCGUGUUUGUUCAGUUUGUCCGUUUUGUUGAUUGGGCAGGAGAGACGAAGCGGACAAUUGAACAGACUGUAGCGAAGCCGAGAGUUUUCGAUAGAGAGAAGAGAACGAUUGGAUGUUCACUAAAAAUUGCAGAGGCGCAUCGCAUUUUGGAUGUUGUGUUUGGGUUCAAAAGUGCAAAAAUUGAGUUCAUUGGAAGAUUCAAUAGUGGGAUCCUGCCAUUACAACACUUAAGAAGGGGUCAUAUUUACUUACGUAUGGGCGCGGAGGAAAGCCGAAAUUCUGUCCAUUUCAACUUUCAAAUUCAGAAGCAUUUCUCAGAACAACAAGCAGAGAAGUGGUGAUCAGAAAAUGGGUCCAAGGUAUGUGAGCGGCACAACAUCCUAAGUCAGAUUAAAGUGCAACCUUUUUUUUCUCCGUCAGUUUUUUGAGAAGGUGGAUUGUCUAAGAGACUGACAUUUCUUUCCACGACACUCUCGUUUUCCACUGGAAACUGUAAAUUCUUCUUUUUUCCCCCAACUACCCAGUAGAGUUUUCAUUGAGGAUCCAGGUAUAGAAUUUGUUGGUUAGACUGAGAUAUAAGAGAAGUAAGAAUGUAGGGAAGGUAACAGAAAUGAAAUACAUUUCGAGUAGUGAAGCAGUCAUUAUUUUUUAGUUC